AUGAGGUCGUUAGCGCUACUCACAUUUUUCGUCGCCUUCCUGGCGCCGCUGGCCGCCGCGGUCAAGCUACUCGAGUCCAAUGCAUUGAACGUGUGCAUGGAAAGUAGUAACUUCACCGCAACAUAUUUCAAUGUCAUCUUCUACCCUGGAAACAACUCGCUCACGAUCGGCUUCGACGGUGUGUCCUACAUUUCGGGCAAGGUCGAGGCGGAGAUGACCCUCACAGCGUACGGAUAUAAAGCCUACUCGGCCACAUUGGAUCCGUGCAAGAUCGAGGGCAUGGGCAUGUGCCCCAUGGCCCCGGGUCCCAUUGACCUGGGACCCGUCACCAUCGACCUGCCCGAAGGGACCGCUGAAAAAGUUCCCGGCAUCGCUUACACUGUCCCCGACUUGGAUGCAAACGUGCAAAUUGUGAUCAAAAAGCAGGACACCGGUGAAAAGAUUGCUUGCGUGGCAGCCUCGCUUUCGAAUAAUAAAAGUGUCUACCAGAUUGGCGUCGCGUGGGCCACAGCGAUCAUCUCUGGCUUGGGUCUCGCGGCCUCGGCAAUCACCUCGGGUCUCGGUCACUCCAAUACCGCCGCACACGUGGCGGCCAAUGCGCUCUCGCUCUUCGGGUUCAUGCAGGGACAAGCAAUGAUCGGCAUGAUCUCCGUCCACAUGCCUCCCAUUGUGGAAUCAUGGACUCAAAAUUUCCAGUGGAGCAUGGGCAUUAUCCACGUCCAAUUCUUGCAGCGUAUCUGCACCUGGUACCAGCGCGCCACGGGCGGUACCCCGUCGACGCUCUUGUCGAAGCUGAGAACUACAUCUGUGGAGGUUCUCAAGCGCCGCAAGCGUGACCUGAUCGACCCUGCGGUUAACUUGGUGAAGCGAGCAACUGGUCUCCUCACUAAACGGGGCAGCUCUGAUCAGCAGCUCGUGGUCGUGCGGGGCAUCGAGCGAGUCGGGUUCCGUGCGAACAUCGAGGAGACAAACAUCUUCAUGACGGGACUGAUCUUCUUCGUUGUCUUUGUCGUCAUCGUUGUUCUCGUUGUCACGGCGUUCAAGGGAGCCUGCGAGCUGCUCGCCAAACAAGGCAAAAUGAAGACCGAGAAGUUUCAGGAUUUCCGAAAUGGGUGGAAGACCGUCCUUCGCGGUAUCCUCUUCCGGUUGACCUUGAUUGGAUUUCCGCAAAUGACUGUGCUCUGCCUGUGGGAAUUCACAAGGCGCGAUUCGGCGGCCGAGGUUGUCUUGGCCGCUGUCAUGAUCGUUUCCCUGCUUCUUGCCCUCGGGUGGGCUGGCCAGAAAGUCAUCCGCCUCGCCAAACGCUCCGUGACCAUGCACAAGAACCCAGCCUAUAUCCUCUACUCCGACCCGGCGGCUCUGAACAAAUGGGGUUUCUUGUACGUACAGUACCGCGCAACAGCAUACUAUUUCGUCGUCCCAUACCUGAUCUACAUCAUGGUCAAGGGCAUGUUCAUCGGUCUCAGCCAGCCUGCCCCGGUCGUGCAGACUGUUGCUUUGUUGAUUCUUGAGACCGCCAUGCUGAUUGCUGUCUGUGUGAUGCGCCCGUGGAUGGACAAGAAGACCAACAUUUUCAACAUCUCGAUUGCUAGCGUCAACUUCCUCAACGCCAUCUUCCUACUGGUCUUCUCGGAUGUGUUCAACCCCCCGGGUAUGAUGAUCGGUGUCAUGGGGGUCGUGUUCUUCGUCUACAACGCCGUCUUUGCCUUGGUCCUGCUCGUCCUGGUUCUCAUCGCCUCUGUCUACGCGGUCGUAUCAAAGAAUCCCGACACUCGUUACCAGCCCAUGCGCGAUGACCGUGGAUCGUUCAUCAAGUCCCAGACACAGUUGACCACGGAGCUAGAUGCUCUCGGUGCGACUGCGCGUGGCGACAUGAAGAACGGAAGUGCCUAUCAACAAAGCCCAUUCGAUGAUGAGACCGCGUCCAUCUCUAGCGGGACUGGAGUGACUGGUCAUCAUCAGAACCACCUGGAUGCUACCAACAGUGCUCAAAAUCUGAACCGCCACCAGCCUCCACACUCUCCCGUGGAUCCAUCCGUACCUCUCUUCCCCAGUAACAACAACGUCUCGAAUCACUCGGGCAGUCGUGGGUCACCUCCAGGCUAUGAUCAAUUUGGCCGAUCUGCCUCUCCUGCGCCGUCACGCAACUACGAGAACGCUCCCAUCGGUGCAUCCGCGCUCGCAACUAAUUACCGAGCGCAGAAUAACGCCAGCCCAUGGCAAAGAGGUGCCGGUUAUGAUCAUUAG